AUGGCAAGAGCUGAGCCGCCCACUUCUGGGAGUGGUCAUGCAAACACAUAUGAUUCAGAGCAGAGGCCUCAAAUGUUAUCGUCGAAGUCAGAUGGCCUGAGCAAUCCCAAGGUCGUGUACAAUCCAGCAGAUAAAGGCCUGAGCCAUCCGAAGGCCUUGUAUACUCCAGCUGGUAAUGGUCUGUACCAUCCUAAGGCUGUGCAUACACCAGAAAGAAGGCGUCCUGUUUCCAGAGCUGAAGGAGAAUGGAAGGGUUCCAUCUCAAGGCUUUCAAGGCACGCCGCAUCGCCAAAUCGGAAAAGAGUGGCCCCUGCACCCGAGAUGCUCAAAGAACAAGUCUUCAGAAUACAGCGGCGGGAAGACGAUGAGGCAUAA